AUGAGUCUGAGAUCAUUUCAAAGGGUGUUCCAAAACCCGCAAGCUCGCAGAUUGCUUUCAAAUGCGCCGGACAAUGCACCGACAGCUUCUGAUAACGAGUUUUGGCUUCGAAACCUAGGAAAAGGCCAACGUAGGGUCCUGGUAUCCGACGAGAAUAGGACGGAAACCAUAAAUCAGCAAGUGGAAACUUCCGUGAAAGUAGACCCGUCCUUUCAAAUUAUGUCAACACCACCCGAAACUCCAUACAUCAACGUAAAAGCUUCCCUUUCGCGCUUCACCACUGUUAGUUAUCUACAACCGAAGAACCAGCGGCACGCCCAGGCUAAAGAGUUUGUCGAUUUGAAAGUACUUAGAUUAAAAAGCGGAAAAGGUGGGAACGGCUCCGUUUCCUUCUUCAGAGACGCAGGAAGGGCGAUUGGACCACCUGAUGGCGGUGACGGGGGAGAUGGUGGUGGAAUUUACGUUCAAGCUGUCGAAGGAUUGAAUAGCCUUGCCAAAUUGAAGACGAGUUAUAGGGCCGCUGACGGCGGAGAUGGAGCUGCAAGACAGCUCGAUGGCGCUCGUGGAAAGGAUGUUCUGAUACUAGUUCCGGUUGGCACUGUGAUAAAAUGGUGUAUGGAUCCGCUGACCGUUCGUGAUGCUGUUCAAGCUUGGAGAGGUGCUAACAGGACGGCUCUUCGAGAUGCCCUCCAUCAAAAGACUGUAAAUUUACAUUGCACAGGGCGUUUUGAAAUGGAUCAAAAGCCCACGCAUAUUCAGUUAUUCCGUGAAUCUUAUGAGCCCGGUGAGGGCUGGUAUUUUAAGGGCAAAGACAAGGCCUACCACGAAGAAAAGCCGUGGUUUGUAGAACUGAACGAUAAAGUGAAAGUUUUCGAUUUAGAAGCCGCCGAGUCACAGCUCAAAAAUGACAGAUUUCCUCUUUGUGGGCUAGACCUAGACAAGCCGAACGAAAAUCCUAUUUGCCUCCUAAAAGGUGGCAAAGGUGGUCUCGGAAACAUGCACUUUCUCACAAACGUUAUCCGAAACCCGCGCUUUGCCAAAGUGGGACGAGAUGGCCUUGAACAGCAUUUCAUGUUUGAACUGAAAACUCUGGCAGAUUUAGGUUUGGUUGGUUUACCGAACGCUGGUAAAUCCACUAUUCUCAACUGCAUAUCCAACGCUAAACCUAGAGUAGGUCAUUGGGACUUUACCACCACGCAUCCCAAUGUGGGAACAGUUGAACGGGGUUUUGACGGUCUCAGUUUUACCGUUGCCGAUAUACCGGGCAUAAUAAAGGGUGCUUCCGAUGACAGAGGUAUGGGCCUUGAGUUUAUUAGACACAUCCAGCGAUCUCGAGGCUGGGUAUUUGUGCUCAGCUUGGGAAAUGAGGAUCCCUUGGAGGAUUUAAACCUGUUAAUCUCAGAGCUUGGUGGCCUUGAGGAUGUUUCCAAAAAAAAUGUUCUGGUGGUGUGCAAUAAGGCGGAUAUCGAUUAUGAAAAUCCUGCCAGUCAGACCAAAUUCAACAAAAUUCGUCAAUUUUGCGAAGCUCGAGGCUGGGAUAUCGUGCCGGUUAGUGCUCUGAAGGGACAGAACAUCGAUGUCUUAUUGCAAAAGAUGGCAGUAUGCGCCGGAAAGGCUUGA